CCUCCCCAGCCGACCAUGCAGAAUGGUAGCCUAGGAAACCGCUGUACACAAAUCAUCAAACAAGAUCAGUUAGCAAACUAGGGGCACCAUAACAUUUCUUUUUUUAAAUCAAUUCGAAACUCUUUUAAAAUCUUUGUUCAUAUCGCAUACUUACACUGGAGCUAGCGCGUUAAUAUUGCCUUUGAAUAACUACCAAGAAAGAUCUCGGUUAAGGACGUAUUUCCCGUUAAAACCACAGUUUAAAUUUAGACGAAAUGGAAAACAAUUCCCUAAAACGUGUCGACGCUUCUGAAAACGUGAGAUACAUUAUUGAUAACGCGAGUUCAUUAACCGAGUCGGAACACGCAGGAAAAGAGUCCAUUUAUGAAAUUAAGAAUAUCAACUGGACCACAUGUGAGGACUUUACAAUCGAGAUUGGCAAAGAGCAGAUAAAAGAAUACAUUGGUACAUGGGAACUGCAUGCCAGUUGGUUGUGCAGUAUAGAGUUUCAGGAGCUGAAGGAUAUCGAAUCUCACAAAGAGUAUCACUAUCGAAUCCGCUGGAGCAUCCCUACUUGGUGUACGCCAAUCCCCAAAGCUACUGUGUGUGUCUACUUUGUCAUCGAGAUCUCCAAAGUGAAACCGCAGAGUCUCCCUGUGGAGGUGUACUAUCUUGUGGAAUCCAAUCGUCUUAGACACAGACCUGGAAAAACACGCUUCCGUGAAAAAUGGCUGAAAGAUGUAAUAGAAAGCAAGCUACUCUACCAUACAGUUAGUUUCUAAAAGCAGUCUUAUAUGGCAAUCAUAAAUGACACGUUAAACUCUGAAGGCUCCACAGCAAUCAGGAAUAUAUAUUUUACCACCAUAAUAGUGACACUCUUAAAUAAUGCAGAAGUAAAGUCACUACUGCAGUUACAGAGUCAAAAAUGUAGCGAAAUUCUAAAUGGAUUUACAUUAUAAAACGUGUUACAGCAGGGCAUGGUGACGGAAAGAAGGACGAUCCAUGGAGCGGAUCACCAUAAAGAAAAGGCUUCAUUAAAUUCAAAAAUGGAAACCAGAAAAUAAAGGGCCGAUUGGGGAUCGUAACCAAAACAGGUAAUACAAGAAACUAAGUAAAUUAAUCACAAUGAAAAUGAACACUAAUCAGGGAACUGGAGUGGGAUUGGGGGACAGACACACAAUAACAUCUACAAUGAUUGAGUGAGGAACAGGACAAAGGCGGGCACUUAAAUACACUCAGAUAACAAUGGCUAACAAGGGGCAGGUGUCAACUAUUACAACUAAGGGCAACAGGAAACAGGUGGAAAGGCGUACAAGUAGCGAGCACUGGAAACAUCAACAAACACAGAGGGGUAAUGAUAGUAGGAGCGACUUGGAACACAAGUGCAAGCAAAAUAUCAUUAAUCCAGGCACAGGCCAGAUAGACCAUGGAGAAAAACACAAAGCUGAGACAGAGAUAAACAAUAUAAACUCAAAAGAAGAAAAUGAAACCAAAUUAACUGCCUCAAACUCAUGAGUAGAGAAUUUCAGCCUCUGAGCCACCCACUCCAGCCAUUGAGCUACAAAGCAGUCCUGGGAGCCAGUAGACACACUAGGGACAGAUAGAGGGGAAGCAGGAUGACCAGCGACAUCUGUUGGCCGAAAGGGUACAAGACACAUUGGACAGGGUCAUUCGGACACCGACCUUGACAGCAGAAUGUAGGACUUACAGUGCUAUUGUUACUAGCACUCUUUCUCAAUGGAGUAGCUAUUUUUGUUUUAUCCUUGAGUCUAAUUAACUUAAAAAUUAUAUAUUUUUUACUGUAUGUGGUUUUUGUUUAAAUUAAAUAAAAUCUUGUAUUCCUUA